AUGGUGGAGGGCCCGGGCUGCGCGCUCUACGGAGAGAGGCUGCGGGCGCGGGUGCGGCGGGGCCAGGCGGUGCGGAGCGCGCGGGGCAGCGCUCCGCCAGCCGCAGCCGGCGGCGCGACUGCUGCAAGUGAAGAGAGAACCUCUGGUCACAAUUUCCUUAUUGGGCAUGUUUACAGGGGUGUGGAGACAUUGGGAAAGGAACUUUUUAUGUAUUUUGAUCAGAAAGCUUUGAGGAUUCACUUUGGUAUGAACGGUUCCAUGCGCAUUAAUCCGGAUGGAAGCAAAGACAGAAAUGGAGCGCUACCAGUUUUGGAGAUACAGCUUACAGAGGAUACUGUUUGUUUUUUUGAGGUGACAGUAGAGUAUAGAAAUGCAGCUGAGAGUGAGCAGAAAGUGAGAAUGAUGGAAAGCUUGGAUGUCUGUUCUCCAAAGUUUAGCUUCUCAAGAGCAGAAAGUGAGAUUAAGCAGCAGAAAACCCGCAUGUUGUGUGAUGUGUUACUGGAUCAAGCAGUAUUACCUGGAGUGGGAAAUAUCAUAAAAAAUGAAGCACUGUUUGACAGUGGUCUUCAUCCAGCUGUUAAGGUUUGCCAACUGACAGAUGAGCAUAUACGUCACUUGGUGAAAAUGACACGUGAUUUUACCCUGCUUUUUUAUAAGUGCCGCAAAACUGGGUCUCCACUCUACAAACACUACAAAGUAUACAAGCGCCCAGCCUGUGGUCAGUGCAAUGGGAAGAUCACUGUGUGUCGUUUAGGAGAGCGUAACAGGAUGACUUACUUCUGCCCUCCCUGUCAAAAGGCGGAUCCCCAGCUUGUCAAUGUUAGCAAACUGCCAACUAGAAACAGCCUAAUUGGCUGGGCAUAUGGCAGGGGGUCAUGUUCUAAUGAACAUGUAGCUCAGAAAUCUGAAGAGGAGUGGACAUGUAUGCGCUGUACCCUAAUAAACAAGCCUUCUGCUGAAAUUUGUGAUGCCUGCUUGACUUCAAGGCCUGAAGUUCCAAAGACAGAGAAUGUUGAAGAUUCUGCAGCCUUUAACAUAAACUUAAUGAAGUACCCUUGUAAUGAUUUCAGAAAACCAAGCACAGAAAUAAAGAUCAAUAGGAAAGCUGCAUUUGGAACUACAACUCUUGUCUUAACAGAUUUUGGUAACAAAGCUGCUUUGAGAAAUGAUACCCAAAUAUCCAAUGGACACUCUCAGUGUGUUGCUCCAAAAAGCAAUUGUAAACAAAUCCAAAACAAUGUCUACCAGUCAGGGGGAAGCACAGACAAGGACUGCUCAACACACGUAACUGCUAUGGCUUUGUCCUCCUGUCAGCAACCUCUCUCUUUCAAACACGUACAGAAGAAACAGAAAACUGAUCAUAUACCCUCAGUUCACCAAUAUAAUAUAGCAAUGAGCACACCUCAAGCUAAUAUGACAGAUGAUAAUCACAUGUUAGGCGUGAGCCAUCCUCGCUGCAGUAAACACAGCCGUCUCUGCAGCCUCAGAGUUGUGAGAAAGGACGGAGAAAACAAGGGCAGGCAGUUUUAUACCUGUCCUCUACCCAGGGAAACUCGGUGUGACUACUUUCAAUGGGCUGACUUGGAUUUUCCAUUUUGUAACCAUGGCAAGAGAUGUGUUAUGAAGACUGUGUUGAAGAUUGGUCCCAAUAAUGGAAAGAACUUUUUUGUGUGCCCUCUUGGGAAGGAAAAACAGUGUGGCUUUUUCCAAUGGGCAGAAAAUGGGCCAGGUAUGCAGGUUAUUCCUUGAUGUCGAUGUUCUAGUUAUCUGCUCCUCAGGAUGUCUUAAGUGCAUAAAACUUUCCUAGUAAUUUCUGGUUUUGUUUUGUCUUUUUCCCUGUUCACUGAUUAACUAGUUAAAUAGCUCCAACAAGGUAAAGAACUGCAGAUUUGGAAAGAGUAAUUUUACAUAGUCCCAUAAAAAUUAAACACUGCUUGUAUGCUGCAUAGUAUUUUGAAAUAAACUUCUAGCUUGCAAUAUAUUGUGAUAUACUGUUAUUUCUAAUAAAAAAAUUGAACUGUUUUCUUUUUUCAUGUAAAUGCCACUGAAGUUUGACAGCACUGCAUACUUUUAAGCAUAUGUGAUUAGAC